UGUGGUUCUUAUAACCUACUAGCGCAAAUCAUCACAACUAAGUGACGCAUGCGUGGAGGAAAUGUGCUUCGCAGCAAAGUCCUCCUUUACUCCACACACUUCUAAGCCUCGGCACAUCUACUAACUACACUUUAUUCAUCCUCCCUGUCAGCGUCAACUCCACUUUGGACAUUAUUAGGCCCGCUUAGCUGGCUAGUUGUUUGAGCGCGCUAGUUAGCUUAGCAUGCUAGUUAGCUUAGCUUGUUAGCCGCUAACAAAGAGACGCGGAUUUGAUCAACACGUCACUUAGUUAAGAUCAAGUGUGAGUGUAAAGUGUUGAGAUUGUGUGAAAACGUGCGAAAGAACCACAGCAGAGUACGAGGAGGAGCUUUGUUGUGUGAAAAUGUGCGAAAGAACCAUAGCAGAGUACGAGGAGGAACUUUCUCGGCCAAAAGAGAAGAAGAGACAACAUCAACUACUGGACGCUGUUUUCAAGAAACCUCAAGUUAUGUUACACAGAACAGACGUUGAAGAGGAACCUCUACCCCAUGAGCAGGAGGAACCACAGUCCCCCCACAUACACGAGGAAGACAAGGUACCACAUUCCCAACACAUUAAAGAGGAAGAGGAGGAAGAGGCCAUCAGUCAGCCUAAAUGGUUGGAGGCGUUCCCAGUGACUGGUGUCCCUGUGAAGAGCGAAGAUGAUGAGGUGAAAGGUGAGAGUGAGGAGAGGGGAGGGGGGGAGCCUCUAAGCAGCAGCUCAACACAACACAUGACAACAGAAGCUGAUGGAGACCACUGUGGAGGAUCACAAGCAGACAAGCUCUUAGCUCCACUAUCAGAUAGUGAGGACACAACCUCACACUCUUCUCACACUGAUGAUGAAGACUCUAAAGAUGAUGCAACAUGUCACACUGACAACACUCGCUUCACAUGUCCCACCUGUCACAAAACUUUUGGUUCCCGUUCUUAUCUGAAAGUACACAUGAGGAUACACACCGGUGAAAAACCUUUUGUCUGUUCAAUCUGUGGCAAAAGUUUUGUACAAAGUCCCCAUUUGAAAGUACACAUGAGAACACACACCGGUGAAAAACAUUUUUCCUGUUCAAUCUGUGGUAAAGGUUUUGUAGAAAGUCGCAAUUUGAAAGUACACAUGAGAACACACACGGGUGAAAAACCUUUUGUCUGUUCAAUCUGCGGCAAAAGUUUUGUACAAAGUCCCCAUUUGAAAUCACACUUGAGAACACACACUGGUGAAAAACAUUUUUUUUGUUCAAUCUGUAGUAAAGGUUUUGUAGAAAGUCGCAAUUUGAAAGUACACAUGAGAACGCACACGGGUGAAAAACCUUUCGUCUGUUCAAUCUGCGGUAAAGGUUUUACACGAAGUCAGAAUUUAAAAGAACACAUGAGAAUACACACUGGUGAAAAACCAUUUGUCUGUCCAAGCUGCGGUAAAGGUUUUACACAAAGUCAAUAUUUGAAAGUGCACAUGAGAACACACACGGGUGAAAAACCUUUUUCCUGUUCAACCUGUGGUAAAGGUUUUAAAGAAAGUCGACUUUUGAAAAUACACAUGAGAAUACACACUGGUGAAAAACCUUUUAUCUGUUCAAUCUGUGGCAAAAGUUUUGUACAAAGUCCCCAUUUGAAAGUACACAUGAGAAAACACACGGGUGAAAAACCUUUUUCUUGCUCAGUAUGUGCUAAAGAUUUUGUUGUAAGUAAACAAUUGAAAGUACACAUGAGAACACACACGGGUGAAAAACCUUUUGUCUGUUCAAUCUGUGGAAAAGGUUUUCCACAAAGUCAGAAUUUAAAAGAACACAUGAUAAAACACACUGGUGAAAAACCUUUUUCCUGUUCAACCUGUGGUAAAGGUUUUACACAAAAUCAGAAUUUGAAAAAACACACUAGAACACACCCUUGUUAAAAAUCACAUUCCUGUUCAAUCUGCAACAGAAGCUUUUGUGAGCCAUCAAAGCUUGUAAGACAGAUGAGAGAGAAAGUGUUGAGUUGCAGUGUGUGUGGUGAAAGAUUGUCUUCUAAGUAGCAGUGUAAGAAACACAAGUGUGCUGGUGAGAAAAGCAGCAGCAAAUCAAACUGCAGGAUUUGAAAUAAACUGUCCAGACUUUCAUUCGGACUUUCUAACAACAUCAGCACAUAUAACAUGUGUGACAUUGUUGUUUGUCUAACAAUCUGUUUAAUAUGAUUCUACAUUUAUAAAUUAGAUAUUUUAUAUUAGUGCUUUUUUCAGUCAAGCACAUGCAUUAAUAUGCAACAUUAUGUACUUUUAUUAAAAAAUGGACAGAGCAUUUUGAGUAAAAAGGUGAGAGUAAACAGUAAAAUACAUAUUUUACAUGCAAUAAACAUGUUUGUGUAUGUACACACACACACACAUAUAUAUAUAUAUAUAUAUAUAUAUAUAUUAGGGAUGCACCGAAAUGAAAAUUUGUGGCCGAACCCGAAUAAAACUUAAACGCUUGGCCGAAGGCCGAAUAUCGGAUAACGAAUAAUCAAUGCAGUUUUUCACAAUUUUUUUUAUAUUGCAUAAAUAGCCUAGAAUAAAUAUUUAGACACGUUUUUCAAAUAAAGUAUUUUUUUAUUGAAUAUUUACAUUUUUUAAAUAUUCCAGUAGCCUUUGCGUUUCAAAAAAAGCACAAAGUUUUUCAUUUAUAUGAGGCCUUCAAACAAAACAUGCAUUCCAAAAAAAAUAAAGUGCUUUAAAGUGGAUAAACCCACAACAAAUGAAUUAUUGUCCUUUUGGCAAAAGUCUGCUUAGCCACAGUAGAUAUGCUAAUAAUGUAAACAGAAGGUUCAAGUAAAUCUCAAUUAAGUGUGUGCUUAUAACCUCAUACACUUAUACAGGUAGCCUACACAACAGGCUAAUGGUGUAAACAGAGGCCCCACUAAAUCUCAAUUAAGUGUGUGCUUGUAACCUCAUACACUUAUACAGGUACACAACAUAUCCCAACGUCACCGCGUCAAAAAAUUGCGUCACACGCCACUAUUCGGCCUUGUUCUUAACUCAUUCCACCGAAGGCCAAAUGUGGCUUUUUUUGCCAUAUUCGGCCGAAUAUAUUCGGUUACCGAUUAAUCGGUGCAUCCCUAAUAUAUAUAUAUAUAUAUAUAUAUAUAUAUAUAUAUUCGUCAUGCAAUUUUAGACUUAUUCAUAUGAAAUAUUGAAGUAUUACAUAUUUGUAUUUCUAAUUGUUAAUAAUCCCAUAGAUUAGCAACUUUCUAUGAUAUACAUAUGUACUGCUUCACAUCUGAAACAUCUUCUGGACCACUUCAGGAAGCAUAUUAUCAUCUAAAUAAAUGACAAAUGGGUUGUACUUGUGUAGCGCUUUUCUUCUUUCAAGGUACUCAAAGCGCUUUGACACUACUUCCACAUUCACCCAUUCACGCUUUGACACUACUUCCACAUUCACACACUGAUGGAGGGAGCUGCCAUGCAAGGCGCUAACCAGCACCCAUCAGGGGCAAGGGUGAAGUGUCUUGCUCAGGACACAAUGAGGUUGGUACUAGGUGGGGAUUGAACCAGGGACCCUCGGGUUGCUCACGGCCACUCUCCCACUGCGCCACGGCGUCUUUACUUUAUACAUCAUUGAAACAGUUGUCUUUUAUACAAUUUCAAAAAUGUCUGACUUUAUGAAUCAUUUGUUGGGUCUCUGUAUUAAUCUAUUUGCUUCAUUAUCGUUAUUACUCUGUAUUAUGAUGAUUGUGUUGGGAUUAUUUCCCAGACCUUUAUGCAAUAUAAAAGUGAAAGAAUAGUUUUGUUUUUACAAACUUACAUUUGUGGAUAUAUCAAAUAAAUCCAGUAUUGUGUUUUAAACAUUUUUUUUAAUGUUUUUUUUAAUUUUCUUAACAUCCCCAAAACAACAUCAAUAUCAUUCAAAGUUUGGAGUGUCAGGCAAAAGCCAACACUGUACAUCAUCCCACAGAGAUUUCCUUUGCAUACAUUCUUAAAAUAAAAUGUUUAUUGUGUUUCCCAGUCACAGAACCGACAAGUGUUGUCUUCAAUUGCAAAACAACACCCAAAAUAUUACUUUAAGUGGUCAAUUCUGUCUUUUUUUUUCUUAAAUUAACUCUUUUGCCUUAGAAAGAAUGGAAACUUAAGUUAUGAGUAUUUUUCUUGUUCCAGGUUGUGCUUGAGGAAAUUUUCAAAUAAUAAAAUAUUUUUAUCUUUCAAUAAAUGCAUCAAUGACCAAA